GUGGAAUUCUUUUUCAAACUACAUGCGUUCACACACCUCAACAAAAUGGGAAAGUGGAGCGUAAACAUCGACAUAUUUUAAAUGUGGUCCGUGCAUUAAUGUUUCAAGAAAAUAUUCCUAUAGCUUUGUGGGAUGAGUGUGUCUUGACGGAGGUUUAUCGUAUUAAUAGACACCGUCCGGGCUAUUUGGAAGAAAAACUCCAUAUGAAGUUCUCACCGGAGUAGCACCGGAUUUGCUUCAUUUAAGAAUUUUUGGGUGUUUGUGCUUUGCUUAUAAUCUCAUGUCCAAAGGUGAUAAGUUUGUUUCAAGGAGUAGGCGUUGUGUGUUCAUUGGAUAUCCCAAUGGCAAGAAGGGAUGAAAAAUAUACGAUUGUGACACGGGAGACAUAUUUGUGUCCCGCGAUGUGAAGUUUUAUGAGGACGAAUUCCCUUUUUCGGUACCCUCUAAUUCGUCACUGCCGGGGCAUGAGGAGGAUCAAAUGCCUUUGCUCAUUUUUUAUGAUAACCCACUGGAACAAACCCAUGCGACCGAUGCCACAUUUGGUACUACAUGUGCUGCCGAAACUGCCAUACAUGAUCAUGCAGGAGACAAUACAGCCGCGGCUACUUCGGCCGAGCUACCAGUACUGGGCCGCGGCAUGCGUUCAAAACGGCCUUCAGUUCUUCUUCAGGAUUUUGUUACAAAUCAUGUUCACGAAUUAAGCCCAUCCUCGUCAUCACCCGACUCAUCUGGUUUCUCAGGUAGGGAACCAAGGUCAUUCCGAGAAGCUAUGGAUGAUGAAAAAUGGCUUGAGGCCAUGCAGCAAGAGAUCACGGCUCUUGAAAAUAAUAUUACGUGAGAGAUGGCGAGAUUACCUGAUGACAAGAAAGCUCUUGGCUCUAAAUGGGUCUAUAAGAUCAAAUAUAAUUCCGAUGGCUCCAUCGAGCGAUACAAAGCCUGACUUGUGGUGUUCAGUAAUCAC